CCGCCCCCUCGGCGCGGCCGCCCCGAGACGCCGGCCCCGCCGAGUGAUGAGAACAGACGUCAAACUGCCUUAUGAAUAUUGAUGCGGAGGGUAGGCUGCUUUCGUAGAGAAGCAGAAGGAAGCAAGAUGGCUGCCCUUUAGGAUUUGUUAGAAAGGAGACACGACUGCGACUGCUGCAUUGCUGCAAGGCUGCGGGACGAGAACGAGGCUGGCCAACAUUCAGUAGCAGACCCUCUUAAGAUUGUUUACUUGCCCUUGUUCCUGUUGAGUUACCACGCUUGGAAGCAGGAGAUGGGCUCAGCAGCAUCUAACAGGCCAUGAUCCAGGAGGAGCAGUGAGGGACAGAGCUGCUGAAUUCACUUGGAGGGCAGCCUUGUGGAUGGCCCCGAAGCAAGCCUGAUGGAACAGGACAGAACCAACCAUGUGGAGGGCAACAGACUAAGUCCAUUCCUGACACCAUCUCCUUCUCCCAUUUGCCAGCCAGAACCUCUGGCUAUAAAGCUCCAGAAUGGAAGCCCUUUAACAGAGAGACCAUAUCCAGAAGUAAAUGGAGACACCAAGUGGCAGUCUUUCAAAAGUUACUAUGGAAUACCCCAUAUGAAGGGACGCCAGAAUAGCCGUGUGAGUCCGGACUUUAUACAAGAAGGCAGAGGGUAUUCCAAGUGUUUGCAAAACGGAGGAAUAAAGCGCACAGUUAGUGAACCUUCUCUCUCUGGGCUCCAUCAGAACAAGAAAUUGAAACAAGACCAAAAGGCCAAUGGAGAACGAAAGAACUUCGGGGAAAGCCAAGAAAGAAAUCAAGACAAAGGCAGCAGUCAACCAGAUGUCUCCGAUGUGAAUAAGAGAGAAUCUGUGAGCUCUGUGGCCCCAGAAAAUGCAGUUAAAGAUUUCACAAGUUUUUCAACACAUAACUCUAGUGGGUCUGAAAAUCCAGAGCAUCAGAUUCUGAAUGAGCAGGAGGGGAAAAAUGCUAACUACCAUGACAAGAAUAUUGUAUUACUUCUUGAAAACAAGUCAGUGCUAAUGCCUAAUGGUGCUACAGUUUCUGCCUCUUCCAUGGAAAAUGCACAUGGUGAACUCCUGGAACAGACACUGUUUCAAUAUUAUCCAGGUUGUGUUUCCAUUGCGGUGCAGAAAACCACAUCUCACAUACAUGCCAUUAACAGUCAGGCUACUAAUGAGUUGUCCUGUGAGAUCACUCACCCAUUGCAUACCUCAGGGCAGAUCAAUUUGCCACAGACCUCGAACUCUGAGCUGCCUCCAGAGCCAGCUGCAGUGGUGACUGAGGCCUGUGAUGCUGAUAAUGUCAGCAAACCAGCUGCAAUGCUAGGUACCUGUUCCUUUCAGAAACCAGAACAACAAAAAUCAGUUUUUGAGAUAAGCCCAUCUCCUGCAGAAAACAGUAAUAUCCAAGGAACCACAAAGCUAGUAUCUGGUGAAGAAUUCUGUUCAGGUUCCAUCAGCAAUUUGCAGGCUCCUGGUGGCAGCUCUGAACGGUAUUUCAAGCAAAAUGAAAUGAAUGGUGCUUACUACAAGCAAACCUCAGUGUUCACUAAGGAUUCCUUUCCUGCCGCUGUAACACCACCACCAUCACAAUUGCUUCUUUCUCCACCACCUCCUCUCCCAGAGGUUCCUCAGCUUCCUUCAGAAGGAAAAAGCACUCUGAAUGAUGGUGUUUUGGAAGAACACCAUCACUACCCCAACCAAAGUAAUACAGCUCUUUUAAAGGAAGUGAAAAUAGAGGGUCAACCCAAGGCACCACCACCACAGAGUCCUAAUCCAUCUACACAUGUGUCCAACCCCUCUCUGACACUUCCAGAAAGGGUUCAGAAUAGUUGUGUUAACAAGGAUGACAUACGGACUCCAGGGACAACAACUGUUCCACUGUGUUCUGAGAAAACAAGGCACAUAUCAGAACAUCUCAAGCCUAACCCACUGUUUCUUGGUCACAGUGGAGUUCUACAGGACCACUGCCAGCAGUUGAUGGGACACAAAGAGCAAGAGAGUCUAAAGGGCCAAGACAAGGAACAAACACAAGACCUUGUGCUCCCAACACAGCCCUACCUGAAACCAGGAUGGAUUGAAUUGAAGGCCCCUCACUUCCAUCAAGCAGAAUCCCAUCUAAAAUAUAAUGAAGCAUCACUGCGGUCAAUUCUUCAGUAUCGGUCCAACUCCUCCAAUCAAAUGACCUCCAAACAAUACACUGGAAGUUCCAACGUGCCUGGGGGGCUCCCAGGGCAAGCUUACAUCCAGAAAAUGAUGCAGCCAGAGCAGAGGCCACAAAGGUACCAUGUUGAGAUGAGUCAAGGGCAGUCUCAAGGUAUGGUGGACCAGCAUCUCCAGUUCCAAAAACCCUCACUCCAGGUGCACUUCUCCAAGACAGACCCUUCACCUGAAACUCACAUGCAGUCACUGUGCACCCCUAGAUUUCAUUUUCAACAAAGACCAGAUUCCCAAACUGAGAAACUCCUGCCCUCGUCAUUAAAGCAGCACUUGAAUCAACAGGCUUCAGAAACUGAGCCAUUCUCAAAUCCACACCUUUUGCAACAUAAACCUCAUAAGCAGGCAGCACAAACACAAGCAUCCCAAAAUUCACGUCUCCCUCAAAUCCAACAGCAGCAGCAGCAGCAAAAAUUACACAUGAAGAAUAAAGAACAAAUGCCCCAUACUUUUUCCCAUCCCCAAGGCAACAGUGAUCGGCAAAGAGAAGGAUCAAUCUUUAGCCAGAUUAAAGUGGAAGAACACUUUCAUGGUGAAAAUCAGUAUCCAGAAUCAAGUGAGUUUCAGACUCAUGAUAUUCAAAUGGGGUUGGAGCACAUACAGAACAUGAAUGGUAGAAACUCCCCCUAUGGUCAGAUCUUGAAAUCAAAUGCAAGCAAAGUACAGAUUUCUUGUUCAAACAGUACUUACUUAGGUUCACAGAAUACAGAACAGACUAGAAAUUCUGAACUUUUUGCAGGAAACAAGACCCCAAACUUGCAUCACAUGCAAUUUUUUCCAAAUAAUGUGACCCUGAAGCAAGAUGCUCUUCACAGGUGCUUUCAAGAACAGGAACAGAAGCCUCAACAAGCUUCAGUUCUACAGGGAUACAGAAAUAAAAACCAAGACAUGUCUGGUCAACAAGCUGCACAGCUUGCUCAGCAAAGGUACCUGAGGCACAACCAAGCGAAUGCUUUCCCGGUGCCUGACCAAGGAGGAAGUCACAUUCAGACCCCUCCCCAAAAGGACAUUCAAAAGCACGCUGCUCUAAGGUGGCAUCUCUUACAGAGGCAAGAACAGCAGCAAGCCCAACAAUCCCAAACUGAGUCUUGUCAUAAUCAGGCACACAGGCCAAUUAAAGUUGAACCGGGAUCCAGGCCCCAUGCCUGUAUGCACCCCCAGUCAACACAGCCAGAAAACAAAACAUGGAAAAAGAUAAGUAAGCCAGAGAUUCUACCUCCGAGCUGCGAUAAUGUGCAGCAAAGGAGCAUUCUUGAGACCAUGGAACAACAUCUGAAGCAGUUUCAGGUCAAAUCAUUAUUUGACCAUAAGGCUCUUACUCUCAAAUCACAGAAGCAAAUAAAAGUUGAAAUGUCAGGGCCAGUCACGGUUUUAACUAGACAGACCACUGCUGCAGACCUCGAUAGCCACACCCCAGCUGCAGAGCAGCGGGCAACUCCUUCUUCAGAAAAGACACCAACCAAAAGAACAGCUGGUUCUGUUCUCAAUAAUUUUUUAGAGUCACCUUCCAAAUUACUAGAUACUCCUAUAAAAAAUUUAUUGGAUACACCUGUCAAGACUCAAUAUGAUUUCCCAUCAUGCAGAUGUGUAGAGCAAAUUAUUGAAAAAGAUGAAGGUCCUUUUUAUACCCAUCUAGGAGCAGGUCCUAAUGUGGCAGCUAUUAGAGAAAUCAUGGAAGAAAGGUUUGGACAGAAGGGUAAAGCUAUUAGGAUUGAAAGAGUCAUCUAUACUGGUAAAGAAGGCAAAAGUUCUCAGGGAUGUCCUAUUGCCAAAUGGGUGGUGCGCAGAAGCUGCAGUGAGGAGAAGCUACUGUGCUUGGUGCGGGAGCGAGCCGGACACACCUGUGAGACCGCAGUGAUUGUGAUUCUCAUCCUGGUGUGGGAAGGAAUACCCCUGUCUCUGGCUGACAAACUCUACUCGGAACUCACCGAGACACUGAGGAAAUACGGUGCGCUCACCAACCGUCGGUGUGCCCUCAACGAAGAGAGAACCUGUGCCUGUCAAGGGCUGGACCCAGAGACCUGUGGUGCCUCCUUUUCUUUUGGUUGUUCAUGGAGCAUGUACUACAAUGGAUGUAAGUUUGCCAGAAGCAAGAUACCAAGAAAAUUUAAGCUGCUUGGGGAUGACCCAAAAGAGGAAGAAAAACUGGAGUCUCAUUUACAAAACCUUUCCACUCUCAUGGCACCGACAUACAAGAAACUUGCACCUGAUGCAUAUAAUAAUCAGAUUGAAUAUGAACACAGAGCACCAGAGUGCCGCCUGGGUCUGAAGGAAGGCCGCCCAUUCUCAGGGGUCACUGCGUGUUUGGACUUCUGUGCUCAUGCCCACAGAGACCUGCACAACAUGCAGAACGGCAGCACGUUGGUGUGCACCCUCACUAGAGAAGACAAUCGAGAAAUUGGAGGAAACCCUGAGGAUGAGCAGCUGCACGUUCUGCCGCUCUACAAAGUGUCUGAUGUGGAUGAGUUCGGGAGUGUGGAAGCUCAGGAGGAGAAGAAACGAAAUGGUGCUAUUCAGGUACUGAGUUCCUUUCGGCGCAAAGUCAGGAUGUUAGCAGAGCCGGUGAAGACGUGCCGACAAAGGAAACUAGAAGCCAAGAAAGCUGCGGCUGAAAAGCUUCUGUCUCUGGAGAACAGCGCAAAUAAGAAUGAAAAGGACAAGUCUGUCCCACCCCGUAUAAAACAGACCGAAAGUGCAACCCAGGCUAAACAGUUGGCAGGACCAGUCAUGCAGCAGCCCCAGCAGCCCCAGCAGCCCCAGCAGCACCAGCAACACCAGCCUCAACCCCAACAACUACAGAAGCAAUCUCCACAGCUACAGAAGCAGCCGCCACAGCCACAGCCACAGCCGCAGCCGCAGCCACCGCCACAGUUGCAGCCACAGCCUCAGCCGCAGCCUCAGCUGCAGCUGCAGCAAGCCCAGCAGCCACCACCGCCCCAGCCACCACCGCCGCCACCACCGCCGCCGCCGCCACCACCGCCACAUCACCCCUUGACUAUUAACCCUCAGUCAGAGGCUGUCAACUCUUACUCUUCUUCUGGAUCCACCAAUGUAUAUAUGAGACGGCCCAAUCCAGUUAAUCCUUAUCCAAGCUCUUCACACACUUCUGAUACGUAUGGAAGCACCAACUGUAUGAACUUCUAUUCCACCUCAUCCCAAACUGCAGGAUCAUAUUUGAAUCCGUCUAAUCCCAUGAACCCCUACCCCGGGCUCUUAAAUCAGAAUAACCAAUAUCCGUCAUACCAGUGCAAUGGAAAUGUAUCAGUGGACAACUGCUCCCGGUAUCUGGGCUCUUACUCUCCCCAGGCUCAGCCCAUGGAUCUCUAUAGGUACCCAAACCAGGACCCUCUCUCUAAACUUAAUCUACCAUCCAUACAUACACUUUACCAGCCAAGGUUUGGAAAUAGCCAGAGUUUUACUUCUAAGUACUUAGGUUAUGGAAACCAAAAUAUGCAGGGAGAUACCUUCAGCAGUUGUACAAUUAGGCCAAAUAUACACCACGUGGGGACAUUUCCUCCUUAUUCCACGCGGGAGAUGGAUGGUCACUUCAUGGAAGCUGCCACUAGAUUACCACCCCAUAUGAGCAAUCCAAACAUAGACUAUAAAAAUGGUGAACAUCACCCAUCUUCUCGCAUCAUGCAUAACUACGGUGCAUCUCCGGGCAUGUUUGGCAGCUCUCUCCAUGCCCUGCAUCUCCAAAACAAGGAGAACGAUGUGCUUGCCCACACAGCCAAUGGGUUAUCUAGGAUGCUUCCCGGUCUUAACCAUAACAGAACCGCUUCUGUCCAAGAAGGCUUGUACAAAUUCCACGAGGCGGGCAGUCAGGAAAAGCAGCCUUCUGCCGCAGAGGAAAACGAGGAGGUCUGGUCAGACAGCGAGCAGAGCUUUCUGGACCCGGACAUCGGGGGCGUGGCUGUGGCUCCAACUCACGGGUCCAUUCUCAUUGAGUGUGCAAAGCGUGAGCUUCAUGCCACGACCCCUUUAAAGAACCCCAACAGGAAUCACCCCACCAGGAUAUCUCUGGUCUUCUACCAGCACAAGAGCAUGAAUGAGCCGAAACAUGGCUUGGCGCUCUGGGAAGCCAAAAUGGCCGAGAAAGCCCGUGAGAAAGAAGAAGAGUGUGAAAAGUACGGCCCGGACUAUGUGCCUCAGAAAACUCAUGGCAAGAAAGUGAAACGAGAGCCCCAUGAGCCGCACGAACCUUCCGAGCCCACUUACCUGCGCUUCAUCAAGUCCCUUGCCGAAAGGACCAUGUCCGUGACCACAGACUCCACAGUGACUACAUCUCCAUACGCCUUCACUCGGGUCACAGGGCCUUACAACAGAUACAUAUGAUGCCGCCCGUGCGCGGUUACCUCAUUUGACAAGACCACAACCAGCCUGUCCAUAGUGUAGUCCUCAUGACAUGGGCAGUGGGGAAAGGAUACAGUAUUGAUGACAAAUGUGGUGGGAAGAACCUCGGCUCACCAGCAGACAGAGAGGUCAUCUCACCAUAGCACUUAAUUUCCACUGACUCCUGAGUGGUCACAGAUGGCAUCUGGGCGAAAGACCAAAGCAUUCUAUGCAAAAAGAAGGUGGGGAAGAAAGUGGUCCACAAUUUACAUUUUUAAACACUGGUUCUAUUGUUGGACGAGAUGACAUGUAAAUGUCACUUUCUUCCCCCUUACAACUUUACACAUCUGUGACCACUUUUAAUAAUACCAGUUUGUGUGGUCACUACACCGAUCAAACAAGUACUGUAGCAGUGCAGUGGCAGGACUCUCAAAUACCAUCUGGUGCUGAACAUACGAUGUACUGAAAUACUGGAAUUAUGGCUUUUUAACAUGCAGUUUUUACUGUAAUCUUAAUAUUAACUUUUAUUUAUCAGAAUAGUUCCAGGAAACAAAUGAAUAGACAGCAAAACACUGAAUUUGUUUGGAUGUUCUAAGAAAUGGUGCUAAGAAAAUGGUGUCUUUAACAUUUAAAAAUUUAAUGCCUUUAUAUCAUCCAGAUGCUAUUAUCAGUGUACUCCAAUACCCUUCAAUAUUAGGGGUACCUUUUCACUCAAGUUUUUAUCAUAAUUACCUAUUCCUACACAAGCUGUUUUUAAAAUGUGGACAUUUUAAAGGCCCCUGGAUUUUGUUCCAGUGAAGUCCUUGCAGGACAAUAAACAUACAUAUGUACAUAUAUACACACACACAUAUGUAUAUGUGCACACACAUGUAUAUGUAUAAAUAUUUUAAAUGGUGUCUUAGAAGCACUUUGCCUACCUAAGCUUUGACAACUUGAACAAUGCUAAGGUACUGAGACGUUUUUGAAAAAGUUUACUUUCCUUUUAAAAUGCAAAGUUGAUCUUUUUUAAGGAAAGGAAAGCUUUUAAAAUGUUUUUGCUUUUAUCCAUGCCUCUGCUGAUGAGCAAUGUGUCCAUUUUUCAUACAGCCGGUUACAUCCAAAAGGGGGCUUACUGGGUGUAAGGGAGUACAUUAGUCUAUAAAAUGUGUUUUCUGGUGCUCAUCUCACAUGCUAUACUGUAACAGUUUUAUACAAAAUUGUAUGAGAAGUUCAUUGCUCAAAUAUGUAGUUUUAAGAAUUUUCUGUCAACUGCAGUAAUAAUUAACUGCAUGCCACAGACUCAACCAAGCUGUUCAAUGACGCAAAGCGACUUUAUGGAUCUGUGUGCUCUUCAGCGAGCUGAAUGUCAGUCUGCCUUUCUGUUGAUAAUUGUACAUUGUGAUGUUGUCAUUUCUUAGCUUAAGUGUCCUCUUUACCAGGAAGACCGAGCAGACUGAUGCCUGCAUAAGAUGAAUAAACAGGGUUAGUUCCGUGUGAAUCUGUUAAUUAAAAGGAAAAAAAAAACAGGCAGCUAGUUUGCUGUAGUUGUUUUAAAUCAUUAAUUUGUAUAAAGAAGUCAAAGAGAUGUAUAGUAAGUAAAUUAAUUGUAAACAAAACUUUUUUAACACAAUGCUUUAGUAUUUUAGUACUGUAAAAAAUUAAAUAUAUACAUAUAGAUAUAUAUAUAUAUAUAUAUAUGGAUUUGAAGCAGAAUUUACAUCACGAUGGUGCUACUCAGCCUGCUACAAAUAUAUUAUAAUGUGAGCUAAGAAUUCAUUAAAGGUUUGAGUGAUGUUCCUACUUGUCAUAUACCUCAACACUAGUUUGGCAGUAGGAUAUUGAACUGAGAGUGAAAGCUUAUAGCAUUGUGUACCAUCAUUUUUUUCCAAGACUUACUUUUUUAUUAUUGAAAAGCAUACCUUUUUUUCAAUACUUGAUUUCUUAGCAAGUAUAACUUGAACGUCAACCUUUUUGUUCUAAAAAUCAGGGAUAUUUCUGCUCAUGUUCUCCUUCUGCCAACAUGUCACCUGUGUUUAUGUAAAAUUGUUGUAGGUUAAUAAAUAUAUUCUUUUUCAGGGAUUUAACCUUUUUAUUUUGAAUCCCUCCUAUUUUGCUUGUAAAUGUCCUAAUGUAACUAAAUCUAAUUUUAUAAAUCUGUUGACUCUUUUUAUUAUAAAGGAAAACAUUUUAAAAGUUUGGGGGAAUAUUUUGAUUGUUUCAAGCAGAAAAAAAUUACAUGAAAAUAGAAUGCACUGAGUUGAUAAAGGGACAAUUGUAAGGCAGGAGUUUGGCAAGUGGCUGCUGGCUAGAGUCUUUCAACUCUCUAAAUAAAGAUGCUUUGACCCUGUAAUCAGGGUAGGUACAGAUCCAUAAGGACUUUCCCAAAAAGGCAAAACACAUAGGGGUGUGGUGUGCUAUCAUCAACUGUACAAUUACAUUCUGGUCUAAGUACAUUUUUGCUUACUAAUAUUUCAAAUAAUUUCUCAAUCACAUAAAACCUUUGGGUUUUAUUGGUCAAAUCUUUCUUUAUAACAUGGCUUCUAUCUCUUUAAAAACUUUCUGUAGUUCCUGUCUGUGACCAAUUUACAAUCAUUUCAAAAAUAUUGGCUUUGCAUAUGUUAAACCACAUGAUUUUAGUAUUUUGCAUAUACCAUAUCUCUAACAGCAAAUACUUUGUUACUAUAUGCACAUUUGUUGGUUUUGAAUCAACCAUCCCUAUAUGAAUAUUUUUUUUUUAUGUCAUCCACUGUCACUUGUCAAACUGCUGGCUAACAAGAGCAGGAAGUAUAGUUAGGGGGACUGAGGAGAGGUUACGUAGGGAGAAGAGGAAGUUAAGUGGCAUAUUGUAAAUAUCAGAUCUACAAUUGUAAAUAUAAAACCUGACUCAGAAUGAAUGGAAAGCAGAUCUCCAAUUUGCUUAUAUAGGAAUAUCAGGUUGACUAUGUAGCCAUACUUGAAAAUGCUUCUGAGUGGUGUCAACUUUACUUGAAUGAUUUUUUCAUCUUGAUUGAUGCACAGUGAUGUACAGUUCACUUCUAAAGCUAGUGGCCAACUCGUGUAGGAAACUUUUGCAGUUUGACACUAAGAUAAUGAAUUCUAUGUGCAUUUUUCUAUGCUUUUUUAAAAACUUAGUUUCAUUUCAUUUUCAUGAGAUGUUGGUUUGUCUAUAAAAUCUGAGGAUGGUUAUAAAUACUGUAAGUAUUGUAAUGUUAUGAAUGCAAGUUAUUUCAAAGUGUUUAUUAUUAUAUCAUUCCUGAUAACGCUAUGUGAGUGUUUUUAAUAAAAUUUAUAUUUAUUUAAUGCACUCUAA